UUGGCUGACAACUUUGAGCCCUGUGACCUAACGCCCCGCGGUUGAGGGGUAUCGAAAGGAGUAAGAAUCCAUUCGUGCCAGGUGUGAAUGGAUCAAACCUUUACAGUUUUUCGCCUGUACCUACUGUACAAAAUUGGUCUGGCGUUUUACUGGGAAUGCGAAACAAACAUCUACAUGUACAUCGUCGCAAUCGGGAAAACGACUCGCCAUGCGGCCAUUUCAAACUGAUAAUAUAUUGAUCUAACAUCACACAUCAAUAGUCACACCAUGGCACAGCCGAACGAUCCCCUGUUUGACCUACUCGGGUUUGAGGUCAACCCUGACGAGACAGAACUUCUUAACAUCAACGCAAGACGACUUAAAGAACUUCCUAAGGAGUUAUGCAAGUUCAAAGGGCUCAAGACUCUAAUCGCUGACAUGAACGAGCUCACUGCUUUUCCGCCCGUGAUUUUCAAUUUCAAGUUGCUCGGAAUGUUGAAUCUGCGAGCAAACAAAAUCACCUUGGUUCCGCAAAACAUCGGAGAGCUCUGUCACCUUCAAUCUCUCUUUAUUGACGGUAAUGAACUUGUAGAGCUUCCCGACAGCCUUUGCGACUUACCCAACCUGAUUGACCUUCAUGCAAGCGGAAAUAAACUAACGUCACUUCCUCGACAGAUUGGGAAGCUUAGAUCGCUAUCCGUCCUCAGCGUUUCCAGAAACGCCAUUGAACGCCUCCCUCCCAGCAUUGUGGAGCUCUCCCGAUUAAAGGGGCUCUUUCUUCAGUACAACAACAUAACCAGUCUUCCACCCAGCUUUGGAGAGGCCUUAAUGUCUGCCCAGGUUCGCUUGCACGGCAACCCUCUAACCCAACCCCCCACAGAGGUAUGCGAGCAAGGCAUACUUGCCAUACGGGCGUACCAAGAUGAACUUCAACGGUCUGAGGCUGUUGUGACUCCGCGGCUCAAAAUCGUAUUGAUCGGUGAAAGUCUAGCGGGGAAAACAAGUCUCAUCAACGCUUUGGUUGAAGGCAAGUCGAACCUUACUGGCAUGCAAGACCGCACACACUGCGUCAACAUCGUCCGAUGGUCACCUAGUGAGGACGUCGUGUUUGAAGUGUACGAUUUCGGCGGGCAUGAGGUGUACUACAUGUCACACCAGUAUUUCAUCACAGAUGGCGGCCUCAACAUCGUCACUUUUGACCUUCACGCGUACGUGUCUGAUGACUUUGACAAGGCGGUGGGGACAUGGGUGAAGACUGUCAACACGCGUGCGCCAGGGUCCACAGUUUGGGUGGUCGGCACACACUCGGAUCUGUGUGAAGAUGAAGAAAUCAAGAAGAAAUGCGGAGAUGUCGAGUCCAAGCUUCAAACGUUAUGUGUCCAGCUCAAAGAUGAAGUCGAAGUCCAGAUCAAAAGGCUUCAAGAUGGCGGUGAAGGGGACCAGAGAGAUCCACGAAUCCGGGAAACUUUGGAGCAUCUGCUGUACCUCCAACAACAUCCGCUACGCGUCGCUACAAGCGUUUCAGCUGUCAGCUCGGCAGAAGAGCUACGGGGUAUUGUGGACCUCAAAGACAGAUUGUCGCUUCUGGUGGAGAAGGAAGCGGACUUGUAUCCGUCCUUACGCCGCGCCCUACCGAAGACAUGGAGUCUGAUGGAAGGAGAACUUGAAGCUCAGAGAGAAGGGCGAAAAAUCUUUCUCACGUGGGAAGAUUGUGUGCACCUUGGACAGAAUUCUGGACUAGAGAGUGACAGACUACAGCCAGUUUUGCAGUACCUCCACCGUACCGGCCGCAUCCUGUACUACGGUAACAGCCCCAACCUCAGCGGGUACGUCUUCCACGACCCAACCAGACUAGUCGACAUUUUAAAGGAGAUAUUCAACCACGAUAUGGAGGGCAAGGUACUCAACGAGGACAGCCUCACCGGGAGGCUGUACAACAUGACGCUGUACGAGAUGGAGCAGUCUCGCGUGGAUCUGCGAGAACGUGGUUUGAUGACGCGGCGCCUGCUGCAGGCCCUGUUGAGGGGCUGUGUAGGUGAUGGCGAGGUUGAGGUUGCCCUGGAUCUAAUGAGGCAUUUCGGACUCUGCUACGCUGUUCGUGAUCCUGACGAAACCACAACACCUCACAAAGUCUUGGACAACUGUGCAGCCGACAACGAGAGCGGUCACAGAGAAGAUAGCAGUGACAACAGCGACACCUACCGGUUUCCGUGGUACAUCAACAGCCAAGAACCUCCCUGUGUCCAGGUUAUCUGGAACGAAGGAAUACCUUCGACAGAAACACUUCAGAUUCUGUUACAGAUCAGUGGGUUCUACCCUCCGAGUCUGUUUGAACGAUUCUGCGUUGACAUCCAUCCCCAUAUGCAGUACCGCCAAGACUGGAAAGGAGGCGUCGUGGGUUUCUGUAAGGACAUGCCUGUCCUGAUAAAGAUUCGCAAAAGGAGUAGAUCGGUGGACGUUUCGAUCAGCACACGGGGCUGCCCUGAUGAAGACAUAAUGAAGAUGCGGGGUGCAGUGUUUCCUAUGGCAGAGUUGUUACAUGACAUCAUGAAGGAAUGGCCUGGCCUGCUGUACUCCGUCCACACCACGUGUCCUCACUGUCUACAGCAAGGUGUCGAAAGGCCUCACUUGUUCCCAGGGGAGUGGCAAUACAGACAAAGUCCGCCAGGUGUCUCUUCUCUGCGUUGCCCGCUCACCUUUGGCCUACAAACCGUGAAGACAAUGUUGCUGUAUAUGCCGGGAGUCGCUGGAUCUACAAUGUCGGCAUAUCAUAAGAAGAAGAUACAAGAUCACUGGGACACACUCGUGUCUCAAAUGAACACCAAAUUCCUUCUGCCAACGCUCGUCCAGGAAAACGUCAUCAAUGACGACAUCGCCGAGCAACUGUUGCAUGUCGGGAGGUCUACGUCAUCGUCACGUGACUGCGAAAUCAUCAUGGCGGACUGUAACAAGAAGUUGUUAGAAACGUUACAGUCUAGAGGAGACCGCGCCUUUACUGUUCUCUGUAUGGCACUGAGACAAGGAUCAGAGCAGAGGUUCCUUGCUGACCUGUUGGAAGCCUGA